AUGGGAUUUCAAGAAAGAGUGCUCUUUGAACCGCGCCUGCUGCUGGCGGACAACUUCGCAGUUGGUCUUGUGGAUGUGCUGAUUGGAGCGAACCAACUCUACAGUGUCUUGCUGUGGAACCAGAUCUCGCUGGCGGCGAAUCUCCGGGCCAUAGAGACCGUGUUUGGCCAUGUCAUUCACGGACAAGAGGGCGACACCGUCAACCCGCAGCCUACGACCUCCACUCACCUGGCGAAAUACCGCGCCUCAGAACCAGAGCUUUGUGAAAAGUUGGAAGCUGGCCUGUACAUGGAUGAUGUCUGUACCACCUUCGCCACCAGAGCAGAGGCUGAUCAGAACGUGAAGAAGACGGCAGACAUCUUCUCAGAAGCAGGCAUGAACCUCCGCGAGCUGCGAACCUCUGCUGUGCUCGGCUGUCGACUCAUGGAUUUUGUCAAGCAGGCUCUCCACCUGAAGGAGACAUACAUCAUCUAUUGGACAGAUUCCAUGGACGUGCUGUACUGGCUACAGAGCAAGAAAACGUUGGAGGUGUUUGUGCAGAACAGGCUUAACAACGAGGGCAUCCUGGUAACAACGCUGCGCACAGCGGCGGCGCGGCGCGGCGCGGCGCGGGCCGCCAGUCUGGUGCCGACCGCGUCUGCCAUGGCCGCCAUCCAGCUACGCGCCGUCCUGCUGGCCUUCGGCGACCUGCGCGUCAACGACGUGUGCCGCUACAUGCGACGGCGACUGCAUCUGGCGCUGCGCAGUCCGGCCCUGUGCCUGGUCGGUGCCUUCCUCAUCCUGCUGCUCGUGCUGCCGCUGGAGCCGUCCGGCGACCGCCACCGCUCGCUCGUCAGGAGAGUUCGCAGCGCAGGAACCGGAAACGCCUGGGACCAGUACCUGCCACUCGCCCCCUUUACCGACGAUGACGACGACGUGCUGCUGGAGUGCACAGACGACGAGGACGACGAUGAGGCGCUGUUGGCGGCGAAUCUCGAGGAAAAUUCAAAAUGUAAGGUACACCUUCUCAUGUUUGGAAGUUCUAGACUGGGGAAUCUUAUGAUCAAGUACAGUAUGCUGUACGCUUUAAGAGAGAAAUACAAGAUAAGCGUGUACACGACCAGCGAGCAGGCCAACAAUCUCAACAAGUACUUCCCUAAACUCAGCAUCAAGUCACCUCCAAGCGAAUACAAGCAGGCCAAGUGGCACUUCACCUGGUACCGCAACCUCGAGGUACUGCUGCCCUGUCCGGAGACCAUCGGCAAGCGGUAUCCGUGCUUCCCCAACAAGCCGUCCGAACACUGCAUCGUCGUAGCUGACUGGCCGCCGGAAAAUGGCUUUCCCGUAUUCUCGUCAUAUCUGCCCAGGUUGUCAGCUGAAGAAUUCAUCUUUGAUCAGGCCAUACAGGACUCAGUGCACGCUUAUUUCCGCAAGGUGUCUGGGCGCCGGAUAGAUCCCGUUAUCAUCGGCGUACACGUGCGAGGCACCGACCAAAACGUGGAUUUUGUGAACAACUACCACCGCAACCUGCCGUCUACGCAGUACUUCGCCACGGCGCUUGCCUACUACCGGGCCAUGUACAAGAACGCCGUGUUCGUGGUGGCCACGGACGAGCCGAGCUUCGCGGUCCGAAGUGUGGUCAACAAGUUCGGCGACGUCUACUACACCAGUCAUAAACAGAACGUCAAGGACCCGGUGGCAUUCGACAUGGCCAUGCUCUCCUUAAGCAACCACACGGUCAUCUCCGUCGGAUCCUUCGGAUUUUGGGGCUCAUAUCUGUGCGGCGGUAUGGUGGUGGCACCGUCUCAGUACAUCGGGGAAGACCCCAGCCGCUACGACCUGGAGGUCAAGCACUGGGACCGCCAGAAGGAAUGGUUCUCAUGGAGCUGAAAAUGUCCUGUGCCACGCCCCUUGCCACGAAGAGCCCCGAGUCCGCGUGGCUCUGUAGCAGACUCCGCCCGCACGCUGGCACAAAGGGCGCCGAAUCGCGGACGUCGGUACCGAAGGCGGCGAGCCGCGCGGAACAAUGUGGCGCGAAUGGUACACACUGAGAGGCCGCCUCCCGGAGAACGGGGAAGGGGUGCUCGAUCGCCACGCGUCCGUGUGUCGUCGGUGUGAUUGGCAAGUGGAACAAGGGCUCUGACGCCCUAUAAGUCCGUUAAGGGACCGUGGUGCCUGUUUUGCGCCCAGCGUGAGGCGCGCUUACGUCGCAAUGCGUCGCUGGCCUGUCUAUUUCCUUACGCUUAUUUCGUCGGUCCCGUUGUCACGCCAUGCUAAACAAAAGGCGCUCCCUUUACUUUGUUACUUGUUGCUUAUGCGAUGGUCUGAGAAGCGGUGAUGCCCGCCUCCCUGGCGAGCACCAAGAGCAGCCAUGUUUGUGAUUUGGUGUGGUGCUCCGGACGGGGCGCCUGGUUGCUUGGGUUGGUUACGGACAGGGAUGCGGCGUGCUUACCAACUGUAUGUGCUCAUGGUUCGUCGUUGACCGGUGACAUUAAGCCUGGUCGCUUGGGUUGGUUACGGACAGGGAUGCGGCGUGCUUGCCAACUGUAUGUGCCCAUGGUUCGUCGUUGACCGAUGAUACUAACCCUGGGAGAUAAGGUUGGGCCCGAAUGUGAUAUCAGAUCGUGCCACGCGCCUGAUAUGCCUCUCACGUCGCAAGGUGUCUCAGGCGCGCCGACUGAACAGCGUUGUGCCUUGGCAAGAGCUCCUUUACCGGUGGUUUGCGUGAUAGGACUCAGGGUUCUGAAUCGCUUGGCGGGGGUUUUGCUCCGGGUUACUUGCUCCUCGGAGCCGGCGGGAUGGCUAAGGGUGGCUGCCUGAGUUCAGGUCGUUGACCAGGGGAGAUGGGAUUCGUGGCUAAAGGAGGUGUGUAAAUGUAUGCGCCGGUGUGUUUUAGUGCGCAUGCGUGCGUGAGUUUGUGUGUGAUCAGCGGCAGGAUGUGAUCUGUGCAGUCUGAUUCGGUUUGUCGUUGGAUAUCGGGGUAUCUUUUGCUGACAAUAGGUUCUUGACACUGUCCGCAUAUUGUUUUAUAUGCCCGUGUUUCGUUCUUAAUUUUCAAUGCAUAUUUUUGGCGGAUCAAAAGCACUUUAUCUCAGAGGUGUCUGACGUCAU